AUGUCCACGACAGUCGCGCCGACGAAAACCUUGGCCACGUACAAGUAUGAGCUCAAGGGUGAGCCCGAACAACCUCACCACCACCGACCGGCCCCCCCCUACGCGUUCCGGCAGCAGGCCAUCUCCGUGACCCUCGACGGCCCGGCCAUCUUCGCCCUCGCCCUCACCCUCGUCCUUGCCCUCCACUUCCUCGGCUCCCACAUCACCGAGAUCCUCGUAGGGCUCGUCCCCGUCCUCGCCCUCGUCCGCAACGAUUAUCAAAACUUCAUCAACCUCGGCCCCGGCGGCACCCCCUCCACCUUCGCCGGUUACGUCCGCGUAUCCUGGCUUCGCUUGUGGGCCAUCCGUGAUCCCUUCUCCCCUCCCAAGCCGGACCCGUGUCGUCCGCCGGGUCGCGGCAUUCUCGCUCGCCAGAGCCUCCCGUACCGAGCGGGACCCCGCCCCCUCGUGGCCGGCAUCGCGCCCCAGAGACAGAUUGACCAGCAUGGCGCGCGCCAAUGCUACCUGUCACUCCGGAGGACCAUGGAGAGGCUAAGCUGGCACAGCCCUGCCAAGUUCGGCACCGAAAGGUCGUGUCUGGAGAAGCACGGCCUCGCUCUGUUCGUCAGGCACCCCCUUCGGACGAACUGCCAGGGGGAGGUCUGCCACGUCCACGACUCGGACCACUCGAUGCACAUGUGCCUGCACCCGGACGACAUCCGCGAGAUCUUGUGCAAAGGCUGGGGCCAGAGACACCCGCUCGCGAGGAAGCACUGGCUCCUGCAGAUGCCCGUCUCGCCCGACUUUGUCAUGGUCUAUGCCCCGAGAGGUAAGCCUGACCCCGACCCUGCUGCAAGCCUCUGGCUCGUGUUGCGCGCGCCGCCUCCUCGUCGUCGCGCCCGCAACCGCAUCCGCACCUCACCCGACUUGGCCUGA